AAACUUGCAGAUCUCACGUAGAAAAUGUCAAACAUUUGCAGAAGUAAUGUUUUUCGUUUGGUUCGCCAAUACUCCACUCAAUCGGCAGCCUCCACAUAUGUUUCUCCCCAAAUGGCUGAAUUUCGUGUGGGGAAAAUAAUAGAGGUGAGAAAGCACGAGAAUGCAACUCGCUUAUAUGUCUCACAAAUUCAAUUGACUGAGCACGCCCAGAACCCCAAGUUUGUUCAGGUUUGCAGUGGACUUGUGGAUUAUCUACCGAUUGAAAGUUUGCUUCACUCAAGAGUUUGUUUGGUGACCAAUUUGAAACCUUGCAAAAUGCGCGGUGUGAAGUCAGAGGCAAUGCUUUUAGCAGCCGUGAAUGCUGACAAUUCCAAGGUGGAGAUAGUUAAUGCUCCAAAAGAUGUUCCCUUAGGUACCCUACUAUAUUUUGAAGGGCAUAAAAAUAAGCAUGAGAUUUUCACGAGACUGAGCUCCUCGCAAUGGAAGAGUAUCGCAGAAAACCUUCAUACAGACUCGAACGGCAAUGUGGUUUUUGGAAAAGACCAACCUUUACUAUUGCGGAACACAAUAAACAAUAAUCUUUGUACAGUUCACACGCUGAUUAACUGCAAUGUUCGCUGAUAUGUCUGUGUAAGGACUUGAUGCUACAUUUUGCACAGCCUUGGGGUUUUUGGGAACGGCUGCGGCUCGAUCUGACUCAGGUACAUGAUUAUCUUGUUUGCUAGCUACGAGAUCGGAGUUUUUAAGGAUGCUCAAAUGACGUAACCAUAUCGCUGCCUAUCUCUGCUGGGGCCUUCUGCCCCAUCACAUGCC